CAGUCUUUUUCCGUACCUGCAUCGAAUCGGAUAUCCGACUCCUAUAUUGACGCUCCGAGUGGCGCGUAUCGCGGAUCUGUACUAAGUGCAUUUUUGACUCGUUAGUCAGUUGUUUAGUCAAUUGUGCCGCAACCAUCUCAGCUGUAGCCUGACAAAGUAAUAUCUUUUGAAAACUGCGUUUCAGCCAGUGUCGUGGAGAUACAGGGGCAGUCUAUUAAAAGAAUACACAUAUCUGAAUACAUAUAUUUCAAUCGCGUUCGCGUAACAAAAGCAAAAUAGAUAAGGUAGCUACAACAAAAAAUAUUACGAAAAUGCGCCGAGAAAAUUAAGAAAUGCAGAUAUAUUUCAAUACUGCUAUAGCGAAGAUGUAUCUUCUGUUUUCUUACAUAUGUAUGUUGUUCGUGUGUGAGGGGGUAAAAACAGCUGUGGAGUUUUAGUUUUUCUAUAAAAAGCUCUUCCUUCCACAUUUAAUUGUCAGUUGUCGAAUCCCAACGCUAAGAAGCGAAUGCCACAGUCUGAUUAAAAUAGAAAACAACUGCUAUACUCCUACGUAAUGUAUUUACGGAAAACGCUCCUACUGGCUUGCCUUGUUUUGCUGUUCGGGGGACUCCCGCCUCUCACUUCCCCUGCAACGACCACUACCUUAGUGGCGGCCAUGUCCAUCGCAAAUCAGGAUUUGGAGCGAUACUUUCGACCAGGCAACAGCACUCACAACUUCUCCGGCAUGGAAGAUCGUAUUGCCGUGGACGUCUAUAACUACGCCUUCCUUAACUGGUCAUAUGUAGAGCACGGUAACAUGCUGUGCAACAUGGAAUUCGCCCAAGAACAGGCCCGUUACGGGGAGGGCAAGGUGUUGAACGUAACGGGACGGUUAAUUCACAUCACCGCCACGGACAACUUAAGUGACGAUUACGCGUGCACACCGUACAUCCGAGGAACCCUAGGAGCACCCAUACCAGAUAAAGGGGAGACAUGGAUUGCAUUGGUCCGACGGGGACGCUGCACCUUUGAGGAAAAAGUUAAACAUGUCUACCAGCAAAAUGCUGCCGGUGUUAUUAUUUACAACGACAAGCAAGUAAUGCAGCUGGAGAAGAUGCAGAUCAAGGGCAAAACAAGAAACAUAGCCGCCGUUAUAACUUAUCAGAACAUUGGACAGGACCUGGCUAUGACUCUUGAUAAGGGCUAUAAUGUAACUAUUUCGAUCAUCGAGGGAAGACGAGGUGUUCGCACCGUUAGCAGCUUAAAUAGAACAUCAGUGCUGUUUGUGUCGAUUUCAUUUAUUGUUUUGAUGAUUAUUUCUCUGGUUUGGCUCAUCUUCUACUAUAUUCAGAGGUUCCGUUACAUGCAGGCAAAGGACCAACAAUCGCGCAAUCUCUGCUCUGUUACCAAAAAGGCUAUCAUGAAGAUUCCAACAAAAACCGGAAAAAUCAGUGAUGAAAAGGACUUGGAUAGCGACUGCUGUGCUAUAUGCAUCGAAGCCUAUAAGCCCACGGACACCAUACGGAUAUUGCCGUGCAAGCACGAGUUCCAUAAAAACUGCAUAGAUCCGUGGCUUAUAGAGCAUCGAACGUGUCCCAUGUGUAAGCUCGACGUCCUGAAGUUCUAUGGAUAUGUGUUUUUAGGCAGCGAGGAAAGUAUUCUGGAAUAUCAGCCUGAUCCCCCGCAGACACUGGCACUGGUUGAGGCACGGGACGAAUCUGCAGGGCCUGUGGCAGGAGCAGCGCAAACUAGGCCUAGUGCCGGGGUGGAUCUUAUUCGAAGCCGCGACUUUGUAGUAGACUUUCCGAGAGUAUUUGUCCUCGACAGCGGUUGUGUUGUGGGAGCCCGCGAAAUGCUGUUCCCGCGUCGGAUACCCGAGCGAUCUCAGAGCUCCCUAUCGCUUAGACAAGCUCGUGAUUGGGUGAGCCUGAUGAGCAACAAGCUCGAGGAGCAACAGGGACUGCGCCGCCUGCGCAAGGAUGAAAUGCAGCAGCAACUUCUUAGUGCGCAAGAGUCGGCUCGCCACCGGCGAUCGCGAUCAGCGGAUGGGCGCUACUCAACUGGAUGCUUUGGGGGUCGCCAACGCCAGCCCUCUGUGCCGGUAUCUAGCCUAGGUCAGCCGCAGCUCCAUAGCGAAGUCGCCCAGAUGCAGCGCUCGAACUCGUCGCAGGCCUUGCAGCACCUGACAGACUCCGCCCAUGCCCAGUCCCGGCAACGGCAGCGUGAAAGUUUCGACUUUGCCAGGACGCGGAGACGAUUCAUGAGGCGUGAGAGCGAUGAAAUAUCCUUGCGCUCACUUCCCAGGCGAGGAGGAGCCUCUGCGGCACAUCGGGAGUGGGAGUCAGAUGACAGCGUACAAACUGACCAAAUUACUAUUCAGGUAAAUGGGAAAGGUGUGGACCUUAACUAGUGAUUAAAGUGCAAACGCUUAAUUGAUGAACCAACUGUAUUAAAUGUAAUGUAUUUUAUUUUAGUGACUUUUAAAAAAUUGUAUUAGAAAAUGUUUACUUUUUCGGUGCAUAUAUGAAAUGGCAUAUCUCGUUGAACUUCUAAUAAAAUUCCGAAUUUAAAUGGAAAAAUUAAA